CUGCUUUGCCUGCUCGUCGUUCGGGUCCGAGUAAAAAAAACAACGCAAGCAAAAUUCGCCAUCACGCGUCGUCGAAGUGCUAAAAUACUGUGCAAAAUUACGAGUUUUCCGCUGAUUUCCGGGUGUAAAUGUGACCGCGGUUAGUGCUACACCGAUCGCACGAUGGCACCAACGAUCCAGAACGGCACAAAUGCACCGGACAAGCGCGGCGCCGUUGCCCGUCCGCAGGAGAGAAGAUCGGAACUCAUAAGCCGGGUUAAAUAUUGCAACACCCUGCCAGACAUUCCGUUCGAUUUGAAGUUCAUCACGUAUCCGUUCGAGAACGAUCGGUUUAUUCAGUACAAGCCGACCUCGCUGGAACGGAACUACCGUUAUGAGGUACUGACCGAGCACGAUCUGGGAGUGACCAUCGAUUUGAUCAAUCGGGAUCUGUACCAGAUUGAUCACCUGGCGCAGCUGGAUCCGGCAGAUGAGAAAUUGCUAGAGGAAGAUAUCCACACGCCACAGGACUCGCUGAGAAGCAGUCGGCAUGCCAAGUCCGUGUCGUGGUUGCGGAAGUCGGAGUACAUUUCGACGGAACAGACCCGGUUCCAACCGCAGACGAUGGAGAAGGUGGAGGCCAAGGUCGGUUUCAAUGUGAAGCAAAGCUUGCGCGAGGAAACCCUGUACAUGGAUAGGGAAGCGCAGAUCAAGGCCAUCGAGAAGACGUUCGAUGACAACACCAAGGAAAUCACGGCCCACUACAGCAAGCCGGGAGUUACUCCGGUGGAGGUCCUGCCGGUGUUUCCGGACUUUGCCAACUGGAAAUAUCCUUGUGCUCAGGUCAUUUUCGAUUUUGAUCCGGCUCCGGCAGGCAAGAACGUUCCGGCCCAGAUGGAGGAAAUGUCCCAGGCGAUGAUCCGGGGUGUGAUGGACGAAAGUGGCGAGCAGUUUGUGGCGUACUUCCUGCCCUCGGAGGACACCUUGGAGAAGCGACGUCGGGAUCUGGUUAACGAAAUGCUGUACGAAGACGAGGAAGAAUACGAGUACAAGAUGGCCCGCGAGUAUAACUGGAACGUCAAGAGUAAGGCCUCCAAGGGUUACGAGGAAAACUACUUCCUGGUACUUCGGCAGGACGGAAUGUACUACAACGAGCUUGAAACGCGCGUCCGCCUGAGCAAGCGUCGCCAGAAGGUCGGCCAGCAGCCGAACAAUACCAAGCUGGUGGUGAAACAUCGGCCGUUGAAUGCUUCGGAACAUCGGAUGCAACGCUACAGGGAACGUCAGCUGGAACCUCCCGGAGAAGAGGAUGACGAGGACAUUGAAGAAGAAGAGGAAGAGGAGGACGAAAUGGAGGAAGAGCUGCAGGAAACUCAAGAACAGGACGACGAGCAGGAAAAGGACGAGGAAGGCGAAGAAGGGGAGGAGAAAGACGAAGACAGGAGAAGUCGUUCCCGGUCUCGUUCCGGCAGUGGAUCCGAACGAUCUCGUUCCGGCUCACGUUCGCGCUCCGGUUCCGAGCGGUCUCGAUCGGUGUCCCGCAGUCGGUCCCGUUCGGGCAGCCGUCAGAGCCGCUCGCGCAGCCGAAGUCGUUCGAAGUCCGGCAGUCGUAGUCGCAGCGCUUCCCGCUCUCGAUCCCGUUCUGGGUCUCGUUCCCGCUCCGGUUCUCGCAGCCGAUCAGCAUCUCGUUCCCGUUCCAGAUCGGGAUCGCGUUCGCAGUCGGCCGGAUCUAAUCGAUCCCGUUCCGGGUCGAGAAGUCGAUCGGGUUCGCCAGCUUCCGGUCGGGGAGGAUCGCGCAGCCGCUCGGGCAGUCGCUCCGGCAGUGAGCAACGCUCCGGAAGUGGAUCCGAGUGAGGAUGAUCACGCAGCAGCAGGCCAACUUGCAAAGCAACUAAUAGUUUCUCUUAUCUGUCUCAAUGUGACGUGUAUCAUGAUCCGUUAAUGGAUAAUAAAUGAUUUAGAAAUAAACGCCAGCUGUAUUAAGUGUUUUA